AAACCCUCGAAAGGCUUUAAUUCCCCCAGUUAUAUAAAGCGAUUCAAAUACUAAUUAAAGUAUUGCACAUCUAGGCCGCAGCCAUCAGCUCAAUUCAGUUUCAGGAUCCGCAUCUUUUAGAAGUUUCGGCAGCAUUCGUAAUCAGCAGCGAGCUCGAAAGUGUACAAACAAUCCCCGCCUGUUUCCGGCUCUCACCGUCGCCACUCCCCUGAAGGUCCAGCCUCUCGACCAGAGUUCUACUUAACCGCCAUUAACUAACGCUGUUCAUCUUUGAUGUUGUUCCUGGGUUUGUUUCUCUGAGCAAAAGUCCACAAGAUCUCCACCGGUGUAAUUCUAUGAGAAUUGCAAAUAAUUUCACUGGGCAUUCGUCGAACUCAGGUCCCCCAGCGUUGCAGAAAAAUCGAAACAGAAAACUGGGCUCGGCAUGGCUUCCAGAGAAGAGACCGAAAGCUUGACCGAGGAGGCAAUCUGCCCCAUUUGUCUCGAUUUCUUCACCGAUCCGGUAAUAUUGGAGUGCGGGCAUAACUUCUGCCGCUCCUGUAUCUCUCAGUGUUGGAAAAAGAAGAUGAACUGCCCGCAAUGCAGACAGAAGUGUGCAAAAAAAAGUAUCCGGGUGAACCGGUCCUUGGCGAACCUGGCCGAGAAAGCGCGAAAAAUAAAGCUGGAACCAAAAGAGCAGGAUGGUCAACCCCAAUGUGAGGAGCAUCAGAGAGAAUUGAAGCUGUUCUGUGAAACGGACAAGAAAUUGAUCUGUUACAUUUGCAGAGAUUUGCGGGAACACAGAGGCCACCGCCUCCAGCCGAUUAAAGCGGUGAUUGAAAACUACAAGGAUCAGCUGAAAGCUUCCUUAGAUUCUCUCACACAGAAGAAAUCCCAGAUUGUAAAAACGGAACAGAAACAGAAACGGGUGAUUUCCCAAAUUAAGGAACAGGCGAGUAGUCUACAGACCCACAUCACAUUUGAGUUCACUAAAAUGCACCAGAUUCUCACUGAGAAAGAGCAGCGUUUACUCAGAGAUCUCAGACAAGAAGAGAAGAGGAUUCUGGUGACUAUUGAGCGGAAUCUUGAGAUUAUCCAGCAGAAUAUAAAUUCUAUUGAAGAUGAAUACUCAAAGUUGCAGAAACAAAUGGAGCAGCAAGACGAGCUGACAUUUUUGAAGGACAGCGUUUCCUUGAAUGGAAGGAAUAGUGUGGACUCUAAUACAUUCUCUGUAACAGAUGUCGCCUUUUCUAUUGGAAAGUUUAGUGGGCCUUUACAGUACACAGCCUGGAAAGAAAUGAUAGACUCCAUUAACCCCGUUCCAACCGUUUUGACUCUGGAUCUGGACACAAAGAAUCCUCGGCUCAUCCUGUCUGAGGACCGGACCAGUGUGAGACUCGGAGAUAUACCACAGCGGCUCCCUGAUCAGUCAGGGAAGUUUGAUACCUGGCCUUCCGUCCUAGGAUCAGAAGGAUUCACAUCAGGGCAACAUUACUGGGAAGUGGAGGUGGGGAAUAAGACUCAGUGGAUUAUCGGAGUGGCUCAAAAGUCUGUUGCGAGGAAAGGAGAAAUUGACCUGAGCCCAGAAUCUGGUUACUGGACUCUGUGGUUGGAAUUUGGAAAUUAUUAUUUUGCGGUCACCUCUCCCUCACCUACCCAUCUCACUCCAAUGGUGAAUCCCCAGAAAAUCGGGGUUUAUCUUAACUACGAGGAUGGUCAGGUAUCAUUUUACAAUGCAGACAACAUGUCCCAUCUCUACACUUUUACCCAUACCUUCACUGAGAAAAUUUUUCCUUUUUUUCACCCAGGAUGGAAUAUAGAUGGAAAAAACUCAGGACCUCUAACAAUCUGCAGCAUUAAAUGUUACUAAUGGAUCCAUCCCAUAAUUUUGCCCCUGCCCCCUGCCUCCUGCCAGUUGUAAACUGAUAGGGGUCACUCUCAGUUACAGGUGGAGAAAGAAGCCAGGUUAACAUUCUGGGAAUAAACCCUGUAUCUGAACUGGGAACUGAAAGAUCAGCAAGGAACUGUAUAGGGCUGAAGGGGAAAGAAGGAGGGGGAGAGAAGAAACAAAUAUGAGCUCAAUUGUAGAGAGGAACUUACUGGGUAUAAUGUGCUGUGAGCUGCAGGAAUUAAGGAAGAUGGUGAUGUGACUGUUAAUAAUCCAGCAACCAGUUCUUGGUACAGGAUUUGAUUCCAUCACUACCAUCUAGCGUAUUAUCGCUAUGUUAUUAAUCCAGACAUCCAAGCAAUGUUCUGGGAACCUGUGUUCAAAUUCUACCAAGCCCCUAAUAAUGAUCAUGAAACCUGACAGUCAGAGAGAAAAACUAUUUGGUCCACUAAUGUCCUUGAGGGAAGGAAACAACCAUGCUUAUUUGUUAUCCCUACAUGUGACUCCAGGCCCACAGCAAUGUUAUCAACUCUUAACUGCCUAUUAAGCAAUUAAGGGUGGUCCAUAAAUGCUGGUUUCGUGCAAAAGUGGAACUUAAGAUGAUUUUAUUUAAAGUUUGGAAUAUUAAGUUUGUCUCAGCGAAGACAGUUGUCACUGUUUAUUUUUUGUUAAAAAUACAUCUGGUUAACGAUGUCCUUUCAGGAAGAAAAUAAGCCACCCUUGCGUAGUAUGGCUUAAACUAUAACACCAGUCCUGCAGCAAUGACUCUUAACUGCACUUUGAAAUAUCCUGGCAAGCCAUCCAGUUCAAGGGCAACAAACAACCUAUCCAUUCUGGCCAACAUUUAAUAACGGAGCAUCAACAACCCUCUAGGGGAAGAGCAUUCCAAAGAUUCACAACCUUUUGAAAGAAGAAAUUCCUUAUCUCAGUCGUAAAUAGUUGGUCCCUUAUACAGAGCUGUGCCCCCACAUUCUCCUCAGUGUGUCCCCAGUUUAAUCAGCCAAGGCAAAAGCUGAUUAAACUGGUUACUCUUCAGAGGGUUAGUGAAGGAGGUAGGAGGUAAGUGAAGAAGAGAAAGAUAGCAAGAGAUGAGAGAGCACUGUCAAGGCCCCAUGAGAAUAUGUACCAAAUAUAGAUUGCUUUCAAGCAUUUUUUGCUUCCUUUUUCUUUUUAAAAACGUUUUCAUCAUUAUUUCCAUUCCAAACGAUGAUUCUUUAAUAUUUCAUAGUGACAUUUGAUUUAUUUCAAGUUACUAUGAAUACCAUAAAAGGUGGUCAUGCACAUUGAAAAUGUUAUGGUAUUGAUGACAGAAGAUGUAUGAAUGUAGGGGUGAGAAUGUCCAUUUCAUACCUCCACAAUGCAUCUUUGAAAUGUUUCCAAAGACAGACUGUCUUCUGCUGUAUUUGACUUCAUGGGCCUUCUUCACUUACAAUGUUCAUAUAGCACCUUUCACAAAAGAAAAUAAAACGUGCAAAAUGCUA